GCUUUUGAAGGUUGUGACUGUGAGUAGAUGUGUGGUCAGAAUGGGGGAAUAAUUUGGCGGUUUUAAGAUAAUCUAGCGGCGAUAUCUCUCGUAUAGCGACAGCUAAUGUUCCCGCUAGGUCCCUCUCCCUCCUAAUGUAUCACUUUCCCAACCCCGCCUCUUCCCUCAACCAUUUCCCCAAACCCUCUUCACCUCAAAAUCCACCCACCCUCAAACCCAUUUUCUUUUUGUCUUUUAUUUUUCCUCUUCGAUUCUCCCAAACCCAGCCAUUUCAGACCCAACUCAAGCAUUUUCUUUCAGGUAUCUAUGAUUGUAUUUUUUUUUACUUAAUUUUAAUUCUGUUUUUUUUUUUUUUGGAGAAACCCAAGUUUCAGAUCUCUCUCUCAAUUUCUAGAAGGCUCUCUUUCUCUGUGGUGUAUUCUGCUCACUGUGCUCUCUAUUCGGCUCUCUUAUAUUUUCUCCCAUUUCACCCAAAUUUUCUCAGCCAUUUUCACAAACGUUCUCAUUGUGCUCUUCCCCAAAUUUGAAACCCUAAGCCAUUUUCCCCAAAUACCAUAUUAUUAAGCCAUCGGCUCUGUGUAUUUGGCCUUUCUCAACCAGGGUUUAAAAAUUUUGGGUAGGUUAUAAUGCAAUCGUUAUGCUGUUGAAAUUCCGUUAGACUCAGGUAAUGGCUCAAUCUCAUGAGGGUGAUGGCGGGUGUGAUCCCCCCUGCAAACGAUCACAUUUAGAGGCAGACUGUGAGAGAGCGCCUCCUCGGAAACGUGGACGAAACAAAGGAUUGUCCACCAAACAAUUGAGAGAAAAAUUAGGUCAUCCGAUCCCUUUAGAGUGGGAUGUGCAAGGUGGGACGUACAAAGAGAUAGGUGACUACUACCACCACCUGUCCAGGGAGAUCGGGAUUCUUGUACGACGGUACACAGAUCCAAACUACCUACAAUGGGCUCAUGUACCAGAGGCUGAUAGGCUACGGAUCCUUCCUCAAUUAGAGGAUGAUUUAUUUGACAUUGGUCGUGAGAGAUAUGAGAAAGAACACUUGCCUGGGAUUUUAGCUGGAAUUAAUCAGUCAUGCGCCUCUCGUUAUUCCGAGUGGAAAAACGAUCUGAAGACCCAUUUGGAUAAGUACGGACCCAACACGCCCCAUGAUGGAUGUACGCUAGAUCAAUGGAAAAAGGCAGUCGAGUAUUUUGCACGCCCUGAAGUCAAGAAACGCUCGGAGAUUAACUCAGCCAACAGGAAAAAGAUGAAACAACCGAGCAUACAAGGUUCCAUUUCUACGCCAGCGCUGCGCCAUAAAAAGCGCGAUUUAGAGAGUGGGCGCCCAGCUGCAAUUCCUGAAACAUGGCAGAGUACUCACUUCAAAAUAACUAAAGGGUGGACGUCCCAAGAAGCAAAGGACAAUUGGGAUAAGUUGUUAACGGUACGUGACACGCAGCAAUCACAGAGUUUUGGUCCCAGUUUGUCUGCUCCGAGUGCCAUGCCUGAGGACGACUUCUCCCUUGUUGAGUCAGUCUUUGGAAGGCGUCGUGGUUUCCAACCGGGAUAUGGUCGUGUGCUUAGCUUGAGGGCGCAACAGGCAGCGGUAGCAGUACCUCCUCCACCCCUGCCUCCGUCGAUUGCUGAGACAGUACAAGAUCUAGUGGAGCGCGUACGUGCCUUAGAGGAGUACAUUCGUAAGCUAGGUGGAGGCUCAGGAUCUGGAUCUCAACAGACACCACCCGCACCUGAUGAUCUGGAUCCGACAGGAUCGAGCCAUUAGGAUUUUUUUUAUUUAUAGGACGACAAUAUAUAAUUAUAAUUGACAGACUCUUGUAAACAUAACCUUUUAAUACUUGAUAUUUAAGAUUCAAUCUUAAACUCCAAUAUAAAUAUUUAGCUUCAA